GACCAGAUCAGUCAAGUUUUUGGAGCAGGUACAUUGCCAAGUACCUUUGAUCCCUACCUGAACCAUACAUGUGGGGAUGAAGAUUCUAUAUGAAUGUUCACUACCUGCCUUUUUUGGAUAAGGAUAUGAUCACCCUUUUCCAUAAGUUUUUGGAACAGGCCACUUUCCAAAAAAUUGUCGACUUGCCAUGGCGAUGAUAAGACGAUUGUGUUGCUUUCCAUGUCUGUUCGUCAUUGUGACGACAUACUCCGUGUCUGACCUAACAUCUCUUUCUUCUACCCUGUUGCAGAACUAUAACAAGGACCUACGGCCAGGGGCGGAUCAAAGUCAGGCCACUAACAUAACCGUCAGCAUCAGCUUCAUCAACCUUCACGACUUCUCGGAGAGGACUGGUUUGUUCGCCGCAAGGUUAACGUUUAUGAUCACGUGGAAAGACGAACGUCUUUCUUGGAACCCUGGAACAAAUAACGGGAUAACUGAGAUUUACUUCACUCAAAGUUCAAUUUGGGUUCCCUAUCUUAUUCUUACGAACGCUUAUUCCAAUUAUCACGGGUUUGGUUCCGACAAACUCUUAGUGGCCGUAUCACCCUCUGGAGUUGUAAGAUGGAAUUUCCUAGAGCUGUUAGAGAGUACAUGCAGUGUGGAUAUAACAAACUUUCCCUAUGACAAACAGCGCUGUGAGAUGAACUUCCUGUUCUUGGGCUACACUGCAAGUCAAGUGGAUUUCGCCAACUGCUCUCUGACAAUGGGUAGUGCACAGAAGAAUUCCUUAUGGGAUAUUGACGAGAAUGCGGAGUUGACAAUACUUGAUGUGGACAUACGGCGUCUUCUACGCACCGAAUUUGCUUUCUCUCGGAAGUCCGAUCCCUACAUGUAUAACAUAGUAUUCCCAAUGAUCUGUAUCGCUGUCCUGCAUUUAACAGUGUUUAUCUUGCCAGCAGAGUCGGGGGAGCGGGUGGGGUUCUCGACCACAGUCAUUUUGGCUCUAGCAGUUUAUCUGACCAUCAUCAAUGACCAGUUACCUAAUUCCACUUUGCCAAGACUUGCUAACAUUGUCUACAAACUGUUUGUUGACUUUUUCAUCAGCAUCUUUAUCCACACCUGUGUGGUGAUCAGCCUUGUGUUUCAUCUUCGAGAAGAAGAACACAGAAUUCCUAAAUAUCUGAUUCUCUGUGCACGGUGCCUAACUUGUAAAAGGCGAAUUUCGAAUAAAUUACAACCUGUUUCACAGAAAACUGAAAGUGACGAUAAGAUGGAUUUGGCUUUCAAGAGCACCUCGGGAGGUGAAUACAGCAGUGACGACAAGAUGGAUUUGGCGUUAAAGAGUAGCCCGGAAUGUGACGAUAAAUCCUUGAUCACGUGGAAAGACGUCAGCAAGGCGUGGGACAUAGUAGCCGCCAUGUCGUCAAUGUUAGCUAUUGUGAUAUCAAAUGUCACGUUCUUUUGUUUACUUUAGUGACUUGUUAUUGCUGAGUUGAUGACAUGUACAUAUAAAUUACAUACUUAGUAAUGAUUCCGGUGUUUUUUAAAUCCAUUCUUAUCGAACA